UCUUCCAGUGCUGACGGAUGUCCUGACAGAUCUGCUGCAAGGAGGAAUUCUUCGUUUUCUUCUGUUUCUUCUAAACUAUAUCUUGAACGGAUUUCUUUGGUUUAUAUAUCUUCUAUCUUCAACGAUCGCAUAAAAAUUCCAUAUAGAAAUUGCAGGCAGAUUCUGUGAACUUUUAAAUGCAUUAUUCAAGCUAAAAAAAUCGUUUGAAACUGAAUAUUUGCCCUAUGAAUUGAUCGGUGGACAGUUCGGAAAAAAUCGUUUGGCAUCCAAAAUCUGUGGAAUAGAAAAAAAAAUUACAAUUCUACAUUAAAAGAAACAGAAAUUACUUUUUAUAAUAAUUAAAAACUUUUAUAUUAUAAAGAAUUUCUAAAUACUUUAUAAAUCGUUUGGUCUGAAAUACAAUACAGAUUAACGCUGCAUUUUCGUACGUUUUCGUGAAAAAGUGUUCAGUUUAAUGUUUGUCUCGUACAAUUUGGCAACGCCAGAUAUAUUUCAAUAUCAAACGAUUAGUUAGCUUUCCAUAGAAACUUUACCAAGCCGGUCUUGAAGUGAACUUUUCAGCUAUUAUUGUUCAGAUAUUUGAAUCCUUCGAGCAAGUGAAGAAAAGAACAUUAAUUUAUCACAGAAUUUAUUUAUAUUUCUCCAAAAAAUAAACAUUAUUCUGAAAAAAAAAAAUGAAGGAUUUAACUCCAGAUUCUGACAGUGAAAAUAGCUUGGGUAUUUAUAUAAAUCCAACGGAGGGAUUGGUAACAGAUACAACUUCAUCGGAAGAUAUAUGCGAUGCAUUCUUAACAAAAUCCGAACCUGAGAACCAACUGGAAAACCAAGUGAACCCGUUCGUUGGAUCUUUGUGUUACUUGCCCUUUCAGCAUAAUGGACAGAGCCUUGUAGCUUUCACAUUGGGAAAUCAACAGAACUAUAUGCAAAGAAGGAAAAGAUCAUCAAAAUCCAGGUCCAGUUCCGAGAUCCAGAGGCACCGUAACCGUCGCUCCUGCCACAGCGUGGAGGAACUACACAACCAGCGUGUGCUGGCCAAUGUCCGCGAGCGACAGCGGACGCAGAGCCUCAACGAUGCCUUCUCGGCACUCAGGCGCAUCAUCCCCACUCUGCCCUCGGACAAGCUCAGCAAGAUACAGACGCUCAGGCUGGCCGCCAGAUACAUAGACUUCCUCUACCAGGUUAUCCACAGCGGAGAGGUUGAAGAGAAUGUGCAACAGCAACAGCAGCCACCAAAAGCUUCACCCUGCACAUACUUAGCACACGAAAAACUGAGCUACGCUUUCUCAGUGUGGAGGAUGGAAGGGGCCUGGUCAAACCCUCAUUGACCAAUACUAUAGAAGAUCACUUGUGCCAAGAACAGUCUUUAUUUUAGUAACGCUGGACGUUUCAAAAGACCGAAGAAAUCUCUUAUUAGUAUUGAUACACAAAUAAACCCGUGUGGUUGCAAUACUAUAGAUUUCCUUCAAUGUAUUUCAAGCAAAAUUGAAGCUAGUGAAAUUGCGAAUUCCAAGUUAACAUUCGAUUCGUGCGUAAUGUUUUCAUCGUAUUUACAUGUAUAAUAUAAGCAUUGGUUUUCGGAAUCUAUACUUGUAUGUAUUUAAGCUAAGCAUAUGAUUUUAUGUUACAGAUAUGCAUUCGUAUAAUAAGAUACCUGGAGAAAUUGGAGAUUCAGAUUAUCAGCUUGAACUAUAUAUUUUAUCACUAUUAUCUUCAUAAAUUAUUGCAUUUUUCUAUUACGACUCUUUAAUUGGAGGGGUUAAGAAUAUUAAUUUAUUUAAUAUUUAUGUAAAUAAUCACCAAAAAUAUAUUAUAUAUAAAUUAAAUUUUUCUAUUAUAAAAUAUAAAUUAUUUACAUAUCUUGCAAGCAUUCUUUAUUAUUAUCUCAAAUCGUAUCAAUUUGACUUAUUUUACGUAUAAUGAAAAUUUGAUUUGAAACAUAUUCAACUCGUGAUUUAUAUAAAAAUUUCUAUCGAUGUAUUGUUAAAGUGACUAUCUCGCUUGUUUUUCCGACUUUGACAUUUUAAAACAGUUUGACCAAAAAUCUCUAAUGAGGUUACAACGCAUCAUCGACUUAUGUUUGAAGACUCAAGGAUAUGGUGAAUGAUAUUAAACGUUUCAAGAUCUGUAAUAUCAUUGUCAAUUCCACUGGCAACGGCUUAAUGAGUCUUAAGUAGCAACAUCAUUAGGAUACUAAUUAAGAAAAUAUUUAUUCAUUAUUAAAUACAAAUUAAAAUAUUUCAGGUGAAAAAUUCUUAAAUCUUUCCUACUCAGAUUAAUAUUUUAAAUGCAUGUAGAACUGUAGCAUUGGUUUCUUUGUAUUCAUGCAUUUUUCAUUUAUAAAGUACUAAAAAUUUGCAAUUAAAUUUUAUAUUUGUAUUUUAUACUUGUUUAAACCUAUUACGACAUGCAAGAUAACUCGAAGGGGAAAUGAUUACUUCUUAAUAGAACAUUUUUUAUUGUUCUUUUAUAUGCGCAUUUUUCUCAUAUAUUUGU